AUGUCAUUACCAACUCUCAGAUGGGCCGUUUUAGGCACAGGUUUCAUUUCUACUCAGUUUGUCCAGGAUAUUUGUGAAGAGAAAGCAGCCCCAAAAGCAAACCAUAUCAUUCUGGUCAUCGGGGUUUCAACUACCGCAAAGGGCGAGAAGUUUGCCAAUGAAUAUGUGGUCAAUGGUCAAGCCAAACCAAAGAUUCUCUCUUAUGAAGAAGCAAUCACUGAUAAGGAUGUGGAUAUUGUGUACAUUGGGCUUCCUCACACCCUGCAUUACGAAUGGACCAUCAAGUCUUUGGAAGCAGGGAAGCAUGUGUUGUGUGAGAAACCACUUGCCGUGAACCGCAAACAGUCUUUGGAAAUGGUGGAAUUGGCAAGAUCUAAAAAACUUUUUUUGAUGGAAGCGGUAUGGACUCGUUUUUUCCCAAUUAUUUUGGAAUUGCAAAAACUCAUACAUGAAGACAAGAUCAUUGGGGAUCUCAAUCGUAUGGUGUGUGACUUCUCCAUCGAUAUGGGGUUGGAUAAAUUGGGCCCGGAAUCUCGGGUGAAGAAUCCAAAGUACGCUGGUGGGGCACUUCUUGAUAUCGGGGUUUACACCUUGACGUUCUGGCGUUUGUUUUUGGACGACCAAUUCGGUAGAGAUACCACGAAAUUUGAGGUCAAAUCUUUCCAAACUAUCGAAAAUGGUAUUGAUGUUGUUUCUUCAGCGAUCAUUAAACACGCUGAUGGUAAGAGUGCCAUUUGUAUUAACUCUUUCCUUAACAACUCUCCUAAAGAAAUGGUGAGAAUCGAUGGGGAGAAAGGUACUGUGUACAUAGGUGGGGACAGACGUUUGUUAUCCGAACCAUCUUGGUACAAAAUCGAGUUCAAGCCAGAAACCGGGUUGGCUCCAAUUGAAAAGACCGUUAGUAAAGGUGCCAUUAAUGGUUUGAUUCACGAGGCUGAUGCUUGUGCCAAAGACAUUGCUGAAGGUAAGACUGAAAGUAGUAUCUGUCCAUUGGACGAAACUUUGUUGGUGAUGGAAGUUUUGGAUGAAAUUAGAGCCCAGAAUGGCUUGAAGUUUCCGGAAAUCAAGUACGAAUGA